AUGCUCCGCCGGCCGCCGACGAUCUUGGGCGUGACGGCCGAGGACAUUGCCGCGUACGAGGACCGGCGGCGCCACGAGGAGGAGGGGAUAGGUGACGACGACGACGACGGCAGCGGUCAGCCAGAACAGCUAGACUCCCGUGAAGCCAGAUACGGCGGCAUGUCCGCACGGCGGCAUGGCGGCAUGGCGGCGUCAUCCCAUCCGUGGCCGGCAAGACUGCCGUCGUCUCGACGGCCGCAGCGACCACGACCGCAGCCGCAGGCAGACCACGAAUCGAUACAGCAGCAGCAGAGGAUGCGGCGACAACGACGACACGAAUUUGUGCCUCACGACGCGUUUGAGCGAGAGGAGGCCGAGGAGGAGGUCGAGGAGGUCGAGGAGGUCGAGGAGGUCGAGGCGGUCCAGGAGAUCGAGGAGGUCGAGCAGGAGCUUGAGCUGGACUCACCGGAGGAGCACCCGUUUUCCGACGACGAGGAAGACGAAGAGGACGAAGAGGGUCCAGACGACGAGGACAAGGACAGAGGCGGCCAGAUGGAGAUGGAGUACGAGGGCGUCCGGCGGGUUCGAGGAGGCGAGACACCAGCAGGACCAGCAACAGCAGCAGCAGCAGCAGCAGCAAGAGCAAGAGCAGCAGUCCGCACCCCGGCAGCCGGCCCUCCUGUGCCGCCGAUUGUGCUGCACCGGGCCAUUUCUGCCUCGGCCGCCUUUACGACCCCGACGCCGGCUGCUGUCGUGUUGGGCACGCCGCCGACACGCGGGGCCGAUGACACGCCGCCGCCCCACCAUGCGCCUCGACGUACGACGAGACGGGCAGCCGCCGCCGCCGGGACCACGCCGGGCAUCACACCGGGAGCAGCGGCCGUGCCGCCGGAAGCCGCUCCUACGCGACGGCACAAUGGAACGUCGCGGCGUGGAGCCGCACCAGCAACAGCACCGCCCUCCCGUCCACCCUCGCAGAUGUCCCAGUCGUCGACCCAUUCGGCCUACCACCAGCCCAUGGGACCACCACCACCACCACCUCCGUGGGCCGGCACCGGAGGAUCGGCGCGGCAUCCGCACGCGGCCGGCAACAGUCGGAGACAGCGGACAGCAGAAUCCCAGCCACAGUCUCAGCCACAACCACAACCACAACCACCAACAGAAGGACGGGCGACACGCAGCCGGGACGAGCGGGUCGGCGUGGCCGGUGGACGCGGGACCACGGGCGGAGGCAGGUCACGACGAUGA